GAGGUGCCACAGUGGCCAGUUAUUUACUUUGAAGUCCUCUCUCUGGACUUUUGGCAAAGGUAUAGAGUUGAAGGCUAUGGAUCUGCUGUCCUGCCACAUACUCCAGGAAUGCAUGAGAUUGCUGCACAAACUUGGCGACCUGUAGAGCUUGGAAUAGUGUCAGAGCUCAGAAGGUUUUUUAUUGGGGGAUCCCCAGAACUGGAAGAUAUAACCUAUGUUAGAACACCCGGAACUUUCCAGGGAGAGCGGCUGAGUCGCUUUGGAUUCAGAACAGAGACAACUGGCAAGGUGACAUUUCGCUUUCACUCUAUACACCAGUCAAGGGCCUUCCUUGACAGCAGUUCUCUGAGGAAAAGAAUGCAAAGUGUGUUGGAUCGCCUGGGAGGCAGCAGUCAGCAAAGCUCUAUUCUCAAUGUCCUUGAUGCUUUCCAGAGAGCACGACGACGAAUGCAGCUAGCUAGAGAAAGCCUUCCGAAGGCCAUUUUGACCACUUCAAAAACAUCACUGGAGCAGUCAACAGCUUAA